AUAUAUAUAUAUAUCAAUUUUUAGUGGAUAAGUUCCCAUUAAAAAAAACUUAAAGGAACUUCUGUCAAAUUGGAGGAAAUGCCCUAAAUGUGUUUUUAAUUUCACCCUCACUUUACUAACUCGGUUGUAGGACCCUCGUUGUCGAGGAAUGCAGAAUUCAAAAGAUUUGUCAACCGCUCCAGCGGUACAGAGCGGAGGAGGCAUGAGACAGGCGCUGCCCCGGGGGUCAGGUUUCACCCAGCCCCAGAGAAAGACAUUCACUGCAUUUUGUGGCCCACCCCUGGGAUCAGGCAUGCUCCAUUUUGAGGGGAGAUUCUCUCCUGUGGCCAGCAAUUGCCCGACAAAAAAAACACACAACAAAGGUUUAACCAUUUGUUCUGACCACGAACCUUGUUUUAAAUUGGGCAAUUUGAUACCUGAUGCUCUGGAAGAAGAGCUUCGCCCGGAGCAGGAGCACUCCUCUGCGAUGUCGGACAGCGAUGAUGGCUCCCCGCUCGACCUGUCAGGAAGGGGUCUCUUUGGGAAACGCCGUCGCCGUGGCAACCUGCCCAAGGAGGCGGUGCAGACUCUGCGGAGCUGGCUGUACGAGCACCGCUUCAACGCCUACCCGUCAGAGCAGGAGAAGCUCAGUCUGUCUGGACAGACCAACCUCUCUGUGCUGCAGAUAUGUAACUGGUUCAUCAAUGCACGUCGCCGCCUCCUCCCCGACCUGCUUCGUAAGGACGGCAAGGACCCCACAAAGUUUACCAUCUCCCGCAAGGUUGGCGGGAGAAGCGAAGUCCACUCGACCAGCGGGGGCGGAGGCAGCUCCCCAGAAAGCAACUCUUCCAACGGCUCGUCUCAACAGCGCCCGUCCGUCAUCCGCUCCGUUCCGGCACUGGACCUCGGCCUUCUCGGAAACACGGCGACAGCUAUUCUGACUGGAGCGGGCUACCCUGGCAAGGAAGGGUCGGUCCAGGCGCUGAUGAAGCUCGACACCCAAAGCCUCCUGAGGGAAGCGGAGGAACGGGAGACCAAUACGGUUUGUCGCACUAGCACAACAGUGGCAGCUAGUCCCACUGGGGGCUUCUUCAACACGCCCCCUCCGACCCCCCCCGAGCUGUUCCCCACCCAGGACUUCAGCGACUUGAGGCUCCUGGUGGAUGCCGCUCUGCAACGGGCAGCAGAGCAGGAGAACAUGAAGAGGCUCCAGGAGAUCCAGAACAGGACCUCGGAAGCCGUGAAGACCGAACGGGCAGAGUGUGUGGCUUACAGCGGUGGCGCCGAAAUCCCACUGCCGACCGAGGAUGGUCAACAAGUCAUGGAUCCUUCCAGGGUGCAGAGUCUGAUGGAGAAGGCUAUGGCAGUUUCCCCUGCAAAGGAUCCGGUGCCUGUGUCUUUACCUGCUUCUGUACCGGUGCAAGCGCCACUCUCAGCCCCGAGGCUGUCUCCUCCCCCGAUGGCUAAAGGCAUCUGGAGCCCCUUAGAGCAGGAAAGUGCCACAGCCUCCAGCCCUAACCAGCCUCUGCUUAUUCCAGCCCAUCUGCCUGCUGAAGCAGGGCCAGCGUCUGCCUCAAUUUUCGGACAGCCAAAGUCCUUGAAACCAGCUGCUGCUCCAGCCGGCACCCGGGCAACGUCGCCCGCUCCGACCUGCCGCUCAGUUCCAGUUCCACUGCCAGUCUGUUUACCAUCGACAGUCCUGGUCCCAGGCACAAGUCCCGCCUCUGUCACGGGUCCCGGCCCGGCUUCCUCCCAGACUGUAGCGCUCGCCUCGGCUCCAGCCAUCGCCUCUUUCACAGACGCCAGAGGAGUCUCGCUGUACCUGCCGUUCCACAAGUCUCCCGCAAUCCCAGUCAGUGUUCCGUGUCCCUCACUCAUUUCAACCGCCGCGUCGCCUCCAGCCCCCGUUCACAACGCAGUCUUCGUCUCGACGCCAGCGCAAAGUCCAACUCCCCAUCCUGCUUCAGCCCAAAUAUCACCCUCUACGCCAACGAUGACGCCUCAUCUGGGCCCGGCUCCUCUUCAGCUUUCCUCCACCAGCAGUAUCAGUAGCAGAAAUUCAGCAGUGGUGCCCAGUGUUUGGAGCAUGGUUCACGCUGAUACCCGGCAAACCAGCUCUCUUCAGGGGGUAAAGACCCCCAUCUCCGCAGUGUGGGGCCCGCAGCACAGCCUGCACACAGUGAGUGAAGCUGUGAACUAGGAAGAAGCCAAACAUUCCUGUUUGCUCGACAACACUGUAUAUAGGAGAAUCUAUCUUCACCACGACUCUCCUUCAGUCAUUAACGCCUGUGCCUGCAGGACACAGGGAAUGAGCUCGGACGUAUGAACUGGGACUAAGUGAAGCAACAAACAAAAGGUGUUACAAAGACUUUUUAUUCUUUAAAUAUUCUGUUCUUGAUGGAGGCGCCUGCUGGUAAGAACACUCUUCUGAUGUCAUAUCGUGGAAGGAACAUUCCUCAGUUCAGAGUACUUGUAUUGCUUUGUUUUGUUUUUUUUAUUCCAUUUGUCUUUCCACAUUACAUGCGGCGGUAAUAUCCCUUAAUUGUACAAAAUGCCAAUUAGUGUCAUUGUCAGGACCAGCAGUUAGCCUCUUCAGUAGCAAUACUGGACUUUAUUGAAUGUACAAAAGUCGUAGAUAUCCUUGGCAAGGCGGCCUGUCAUCUAUUCCCCUCCGGGGCAAAAAGGAAGACGCAAAGUUAUUUUAAUUUUAUUUCCCAACACUCAGCAACAACAUCAUAGACCUCUAUAAAAAACAACAUUGAGAUUUUCAGAAUUUUGUCUGUUUUUGUACUCUUUAAAUUCCCCCUUUUUUCCUGGGAAAUUGAUUGUAUUGCAGCGAGCCUGUCUGAAUGACUCAUUAGCGUCCGUCUCCAUCACACGGCUCUCCUCUUGUCUUUUUAUAGCUAAGGAGAUUCAUCGUCAUCUCAACCAUUAGAACACAUGCUCUCUAGUGUUUCUUUGUUGGCUAUCUGGAAUGCAGAAAUACAAGCAGUGUUUUCUGCCAAAAGUAAAGCGGUUCUGGCCAUUGCUUUGGGUAUCCUCAAUCGGUUGGGUACGGUUUUCAGGGAUUGUUGUUAUGAAGCAGGGUGGUGGAUAUAGAAUGAUGGGGAGAGGGUCACAUUGGAUCUGUUACAGAAAUCAAUUUCAGCAGAGCGGUGAGCCGCUUGGCUAUCAAGCUCUUGCAGCUCAAACUGAAACGUUUCCCUUGCUGUGAGACUUUACCCACAUUGCCCUGCGUUGUGAUUUAAUUAAGGUAUUUCAAAACCUGAAUGUCUUACUAGUGGGAUGAUUAAUUGAUGCAUGUGGUGUCUUUGUAAAGCAAAUGUAGGAGAUGUACUGAAAGUAGUUGACAUUUGGAAGUUUUCAUUUAUCUCACAGGAGCGACAACAUAGAAAUACAUAUUUCCUCAUUACUGCAUUCCACCUGUGUUUUAGAAAUGGUUCCUUUUUAGUUCCUAAUCUUUCACAGAGCUGUAGUUUCCAUGAAACUGUCGUAGCAGAAACCACUAGAUAUUGGGCCUAUAAUAACCAUACAACCACGUGGAAAAGGUCCUCUUUGAAUAAUACUAUAGCAGGAUUGUGCAUCAGAUCUUAAAUACUGUCAUGUUUACCAGUGUCAUUACUUUGUUCCAUUUUUCUUGUGUUUAGAGUUGGAGACGACGAAGAGAGUCAGGUAUUGGGUCAGAGUACUGCCGCAUUCACCAAAACCAUUCAUUCUAAAGUCUCAUUCCCACUCCUAAAAUGUCCCUCCUCACUGCCAGGGAUGCUCUGUGGGUGUUGAUGGAGGGGUUAUAUUUGUUUGGCGGGGGCGCUUGUGUUACAGGUACUGAUGUGCAUCCUUUUUUUUUUUAAUACCUCAAUUGACACAGGUCAUGUCAGGCUUGGGUCAUGUGUAAAAUACUACGCAUUAAAGUAAUAUUUUUACUCUUCAUAUACUACAUCAUGCCAGUGUGGCAACACCGUAGUCAGUUGAGAUAUACUGGAAAUGUUUUUUUUUUUUUUUUUAAGCGAUGUCUGUGAUUUUAUAUUCAGAAUGACACUCUACCCCGAUCAGACAAUGUGAUAAUGGAUGUAAAUAUUAUACUUUUUUUUCUUUUCUUUUUUUUCUUUGUACUGGUAUGGAUAGUUUUACAGCCAAAUGCAUUCAAAAUGUUUUUCAUGUUGUGAGUCAUGACCGACCGUUGGCAGUAUGACUGGCUGCUGUGCCUUAAACCUACGACUGAGGGACUAAUGUUCCUUUUUUAUAUAAAAACGUUUCAAUAGUCAGUGCAAUAUAUGCCUUAAACUUUAAAUGUGUUUUUUGUAUAAGCAUUUCAAAGAAAUAAAUUCAGUUUUUCAUAAAUGUAAUUUCAUUCUUGUUUUAACCGCAUAUUUUUGAUUUUCUCAGGUUCUUGAUAAUGUGCAUGCUAACGGCCAUGGUUAAAUAAACAUUUUAAAUUGUUUGGAUAUUAUUCAAAUCAGUAAAUCGUCUGACAAGUCGGGGUCAAAGGUCUGCUGUGAAAACUAAGACUUUCCAAAUUGCCAUAGCAUUAAUAUAGAAAUGAUGUGCACCACUCAGUUUCAUAAAUGUUUUUGUCAUCUUCAAAUGGAAUCAAACUGCACCAACAGUUCUUGAGAGUGAAUCCAUUUUUGCAGUAGUGAAUAUUUAAAAUGUAUUGCUGUAUAAAACCUUUUGGAAACAUUA